UCCGACAAGGCAGACGCUUCACCGGAGGACAAUCCGAGCGCGGUUCCAUAGGAUCUUCCCGCAAGGCGAAAGCUGUCCGCUACUGAGGGGUGGAAUACCGUACCCUAAUAACCCGUUGCGACAUUUUGGGGUUUCGAUAAAUCUAGCCGAAAAUGUGCCACAAGUGAUAUUUUGAACCGUUCUGUGAGCAAAAUUAUCAACUUUUGAGCGAAAGUUUCCGCGGCGGAGUGUUAACGACUCGGCAGGAAGUGCAUCCGAUCAACACUAUUUGGAAGCAUUGUUGACGGAAGGGAAUAAUGAGGUGGCAUUCAUCGCGAAGAUAACGGAAACCGACUGCGAAGUUAUUGUGUGAAAAACGAAAGGCGACUGUAAUAAGUACCCGGCCGUCGUGGCCCAGCAGCAUAAAAGGUGAUAAAUCAUAAAUAAUUAAAGCAGAGCAACAAAGUGCAAAGUUGUACACAACAAUCCCAGACGGAAGGCAAGUGGCUUUGCCAAACAUGAGUGGAUGCAAAGUUGGCAAUGCAUAAAUACAGAAAGGUGAAAAAGUGUUGAAUUCAAAAUUAAAAAGUAGUGACACGCCUCUCGUACCGUUUGCGAGGAGUGAGAGUUACCUGCGUCAGUGUGUGAUUGUUUGUUUGGAUCUUGUUCGCAAACCCUCAGGGCUUUUAGAGUUAUUACGAGAGGGAAAGAAAUUUGAGACAAGCAGCCGGAUUAUCUCCGUGCAAGCAUUGGGGCCUUUUAUCCUGUUUGGAAUAAAGCGGAUACGUGAACACGAGUGGUUGGAUUCAAGUUGGCAUUCACAGUUUUAUUGAAGAAAAAACCUGACAAGUGACACAGGACAGAACACGGUCCAGUUGAAACUGAUUGCAAGAUGAAGCUGUUCAUUGUGUUGGUUGCCGUUUUGGCUCUGUAUCAACACGUGGAGGCCGCCAAAGAUGAAGCCACGAAAGCAAUAGAAACGGAAAGCGGUUCUAAGAAGGAAGAAACUAAGGAGAUCACAAAAGACACCAACAGCAAAGAUUCACGAGGCAAGCGCACGUUAAUACUGGGAGACCAUGGCCAUACUUAUUACCAAAGCCCGGUCCGAGCGGAUCGGCGCAUUUCGAAUGCGUUCCAAGAUUCCAGACCAUAUUACCACAUCAGCAACUAUGUUCACCAUAAUCAGCCGGCACUGAAUCCCUUGACUUCCCACCAAUAUCACGGUUUUGGCAAUGGCAUUGCCCAUUCCAUUGGUGGCCAUCAGCCGCGAGUUCAGCCAAUCUUUGUGGAAGCUCCUGAACCGAUUAUUGAAAUCAUAAUCAAGGAAAGCAACGAGACAACACCACAGGAUAGUAUUGGCUAUACUGCGCCAGCCAAAAAGAAGGAAGAAGUCAAAGUGUUUUACGUAAAAUACCACAAGGACGAGAAAAAUGGAAUUGUGCUGGAUACUCCAGUUCCUGCACUGAAGCCAUUGCCUGACGAGAGCGAGGAAGAAGUAGAUCAUUCGCAGCCAAUUAUAGUGACACCAUCCCCACCACUGAAGACGACCACUCUCAGAGCCGUUAUUAACCCAGAUUCCGAGUCCUACCACAGUAACAGCGGAAUUCGCAUUUCUUUUGGCGUCGAGGAUAAGCAUCAAGUCGGUCAUCAAGUGUCCGAAUCGGAAAGCGAGAGCGUAGCACAACCUGUGGUAGCUCUCCCUGCUGGACCACAACUACCCGUGCCUCAAGCAUUGACACAGCCUCAGCCGCAGCAUAAUCUACCUCAUCAACAUCAGCACCAACACCAGAAUCAGCCUCAGCAAUAUCAUCAUUCCAGUCAAGUCAGAGCUGACCAAUUUCUUCAGCAACACCAACAAUUUGUGCAGCAGCGAUCUGCUCCAACUUCAGCUCCAUAUGUCCAUCAGCCUCAGCCUCAUCAUCACCAUCAACAAUCGUCUCCGCAACAAAACUUUGUGCAAAACUUCGGACCCUCCACAGUGUCACCUCAGCAUCGACCACAGCGACAAUUCCCGAAUCAGCCAUUCCAACACCACUCUUCAAGCUUCCAACACUUUGAUCAAGGACGCACAUUCGGUCAAUCCCAACAACAGUACCGUAAUCCGGAACCACAGCCCAUUCGACCACAGACACAUUAUACCGCUCCUUCAGCCCAAUCGCAUUUUUCUGCACCUCAACCUCAACAACAGCAACAACAAUUCUUCCAUCAGCCAUCACAGCACCACCAGGUUCAUAAGGAUUUCCAACAACAGAACCAACCGAAACCAAUUCCAAUUCCCCUACAUAACAUCCACAACCAACCUCCACUGAGACAACAAUACACCCAAGCACCUCAGACAAACCACUUUAAUCAACCUUUCAACAACUUCUUCAAGCACCAACAACCCCAGCAGCUUCCAAAAUCAGUGGCGCCAAGUUUCCCUCCUUCUUCUCCACAUCCCGCUUUCCACCAUCAACAACCGCAGCAACACCAACAACCGCAACAACAGCAGCAGCAGCCACAGCCACAACAACACAGUUCUAGAUUCCCAGAGGGUCAUCGUCCUCAGGCAAACCGCAAUAAUUUCGCCGAUUACUCACACUCGUUCCAAGGAGGACUUGUACAGCAAGCCGCUCCGAAUCUCGGAACAACGCGUACUCCUGAACACCAACCAAACAUUGUCGAUCAUAAAGACAACUUGAAAGCAGUGCUUCCACUUGGGGGUGAACUGGUACAGAGUGUUUCCAAAUACGAAACCCACAUCACCGAACACGUCAAGACGAACAAUCAGAAACAAAAUUAUGUAAACGCUCCGAGUACACAUUUCACCCAAGGAGGAUCCUAUCGGAUUCUCCCAUCUCAAGAAGUGAUUAGCCAUUCGAUUGCGCCGCAGGUUGAAAACAGCACGCCCAAAAACUAUGUUCAACACUCCACGACAGCCCCGUCUGUAGCUCAGCAGUACGCUAAAAGCAAUGGUCCAGCUCCCCAGAUUAUCCCCAACUCUGAACCAUUAAGCUUCGGUGGUCAUCAAGAUUUCAAUCAAGUGUCCCAAUAUAUAAAUGUAUCCCCAAGGUCUAAUUUCCAACAGCAGCCCCUCCAUCAACAACAUAACGAGCUGCAGCAGCUCCAGCAAUUCCAGCAACUUCAACAUCAGAACCUACAGCAUCAGCAGAAUCAACUGCAACAGUUGCACCAACAACAUCAGCAGCAACAGUCAGCAUUCCUAUUCGGAGGUCCUACGCUAUCAACCCCAACCGCAUACUCUCCAACUUUCCCAACAUCCCCAAAGCCCCCACAGCAAGAAGUUAAGAAUCAGGCCUACUCCGAUGCACGAUCAGCUUCGGUACAGUCAACAACCGCUCGCACAACAACCAAGGCUCCCGAAACCACAAUUUCCCCGGAGAAAAGACAAAAAGCUAUUCUCGAUUUGCCCGACGAAGUUCCGGACGAUAUCCGGCAGCAUCUGCUUUCCUCUGGAAUCCUUGACAAUGCAGACAUCAGCGUUCUGGACUAUGACAAGCUCGGGGAGACUGCCCUCGAGAACCUCCCACCAGAGCAUUUGGCUAACUUCUUCAACUCGGGAGGUGCCGCUCAACUUGCUGGCUCCAACAAUGUUGUUUCGGUAGUGAAACCAUCGGGGGAAAAGGUAUCGGAGAAGUUCAUAACCAAAAACUAUGACGUCAAAGAUAAGCGCGUGAAGCACAUCCCCGAUGAACAGUUUGAGUCGUCAGAGGAGGAGGAAACGACACCGGAAACAAUGCCAGAGAAACAAAACGUUGACCUAAAGGUGGUGCGGUUCGAUUCCACCAGCCAGAAGCAUGUAACCGAUCAGUACAUCAAAAACGAUUCAACCAUUCUGCCGUCCGUGACCGUUGCCGACGAAAACGAACAGUCCGAUCAGAUUUACAACCGGUAUUUGCCCCUGAAAAUCAACGGCGCUCAGUUUCCCAUUCCAGAUGUGGCGGAACUCCGUGGUCGGAGGAUUUCGAGCGUAGUCGUACUCGCCCCCGUUGAUAGUAUGAACCCCAACAACAGUUUUGUGAUUAAUGCCGAAGCAGAAGCUUUGUCCGAGGAAUCGGAACAGUCUCGGUACGAGCGAGAUGUACUGCUGGAUUCGCAGAAAGUGAAGUUUAUCGCUGGGGAUGCACUCAAGCAACUGAUCAAGAAGCCUUCGACGGAGAAUUUCAGACGGUGGCUUGAGAAGGAAGGAAAAACGGACGUGGAUCUCCAGAGCGUUGUCUUACUAGUUACGAGAAACGAAAAUGACGAACAGGAGAUCUUCAUGUACGACAUCACGUCGAAGGGUGUGAUGCAUCUGAAUGGUGAACUGUCGCUUGCGUUCGUCAAGGUUGCCGAGGAGAACGCCAAAACGCAGAACCUGGACGAUGUGCCAAUCGUGGACAGCGGAAUCGUGGAACAAAUGAAGACCGCUGGCAGUAACAGCUUCCGGGAUGCAGCCGCAGCCAGUGGCAGAGACGAAACCGAUGACUACAGUGGCCAGGAUGAGUCAUCGUUCGAGAAUGAAGACGAACAGGCUGAGGCAUCGGAAAACGUGGAAACAAUUGUGGAACCCGAUCGGAAGCCCAUCUACGUGUAUCCAGUGAAUAGCAAGUAUAGAAAAGUGCAGGCAGCAUCCGGCAACUGAAGUGGCAACUAACGUUAGGUCUAUUUGUGUCGUUUUUAAAUGAUGUGUGUGUAUGAAUGCGAAUGAGUUAUGAAAUGAGAGAGGCCUUGGAGUGAUUGAAACAAGUCUUAUAAAUAGUUCAAAUUUUAUACGAAGAACUGAGUAAAACUGAGUCGGAUAUUUCCAUGGAUGCGAGGGACGGAAUGAUUGAGCCUUGAUAAUAGUACUAACACAACGAUUUCGACGAAAGAACGCAAAAAAAUCGCACAGCGAUUUUUUUUCUAAAAUUUAACAUGACAGGAUAGUUUUCAUUAAAAAUACUAGUAACUAAGCCAUCAAGUACCGAUAAUAAUCCUGUAAAUAUUGCUAACUUAUCGUUUUUUUUUCAAGGACACAUUGAAUCGUGCAAUUACGCUAGAAAAGGUUGUUGAUGACAUAAUGAAUUUAGCCACGUAGUUUUUAAAAGUUCGUUCUCACUUUGUCCGAAAGGAAACGAGAUUCUCAAAUUUAACUUCAGAAUAAAUUAAUCACAACGGGAAAACAACAUGAAAAAUUAACUCAGUGAAAUAGAUUUUAUUUGCUAAUCCUAGAAAUCAUUCAGCCACUAAAUAACAAAGCCAAUUUGUUGUAUACAUUCAAUGAAACAAUGCUACCAACACAUCCGUUGCAUAGGUAUAUCCGCCCAUGGAAAAUGCUUUAUUUUCAACAUCUGCUGUAAUUUAUUUCCAUUUUCUGUAAUCUUCCGCAAAUGAAGCUACGCAAAAGUUUUAGACCGCAUUAAGUAGACUAAAUUUACUGUGUUAAAUUAAUUAUGUAUCGCCUACCGGUUUUUCUGUUUUA